UUCCACCACAAUAGUGUUUAUUCUACAAAGACUGAAUGAGACGAUGUCUACCAAACACGCAUACUUUGCUGUCACUUUACUCGUUUACCUUUUUAUUAUUUUCGUGAACUUGACUUUGAUCGUGACAAUUAUUUUGGAGAGAACACUCCAUGAGCCCAUGUUUAUUUUUCUGUGUAGUUUGUGUGUAAAUGGGAUAUUAGGUGCCUGUACAUUUUAUCCCAAAUUAUUGGUGGAUUUUUCAUCGGACUUCAGUGUUACUUCGUAUAAAGCUUGUAUGAGUCAAAUUUUUGUAUUAUACACCUACGUCUGCUGCGAACUUAAUACGUUAGCAAUGAUGGCUUAUGACAGGUAUAUCGCGAUAUGCAAGCCGCUCAAUUAUCACUCCAUCAUCACGCCUCGGAAGGUGAUGAAAUUGCUGCUUUUUACCUGGCUUUUUUCCAUCUGUGAAUCAGCUUUUGCGGUGGUCCUGAUAGCCAGACUACCUCUCUGUGGAUUCAACAUCGACAAGAUUUAUUGCACAGUUUGGGCGAUGGCAAAGCUGUCAUGCGUGGAUACCACUAUCAGUAACGUAUAUGGGACCGUUCUCUCGGUUCUUCACGUUGCACAGGUUGUGCUGAUCUUGAUUUCUUAUGUUGAUAUCAUCAAAGCCUCUGUGCGAUCCCAGGAAGAACGGAAUAAGUUCAUGCAGACCUGUUUGCCCCAUUUAAUCUCAUUAACCAACUUCACAGUCUCCGUCUUUUUUGACCUCAUGUACGCUCGCUAUGGUCCCCCCAGUCGUCUGCUGGCUUUCCGCAAUUUCAUGUCCGUGGAGUACCUCGUUGUUCCACCAAUCCUGAAUCCCCUCAUUUAUGGCCUGAAACUGAACCAGAUCCGCCGGAGAAUAUUUAGGAUUUGCAGCCAGAGAAGACGUACUUUAAAGUGAAUGUUUCUACUUUGUCCAGGGUGGAAAAAUAAUAUCCCGUCUACAAAUGUUUUCAUAAAAAUGACAACAGGAUAAAAGGAAUAUCUCUAAACACAUGAACAAAAUGAUUCUAAAAUGCAGCACAGCUUUAGAUAUUUCCGGUAGUAAUAUAGGCCCUUCUUGGUCUAGUGGCCUAGUUUGGCUUACAUUAUGUUUUCGUUAUACGCAAAACUUUGUGGGUCAUGGGUUGUGUUCCCUUGCCUUGCCUUUCCAUGCCUUGCCUUGCUUUGCCUUGCCUUGUGUGUAAAAUCAUUGUCCUUACGGCACAUUCGGAGUUGGAAAACCCAGACAAAUGCAAACUGGAAUGAGUCUCGUUUUUCCCUAUGUUUAGACUCAUUUCAGUUAGAAUCCUUUUGUUCAAAUCCACUCA